AACUUACUGAUAAAAUAUAUUUAAAUCUUCGCCUCUCACCCUUUAUUAGAGUUUGAGACAGAUUGAAAACACAAGAACCAGUUCUGUCUUCUCAUAAUAAUCACUCAUAGCAACAAGCAAUGAAAACAAAUGUCUCCUAUUCCAAAGCAGUGUUCAGCUUGGAGGAAGUUUGAAUCACAGAAUAAAAAAAGGAAAAGAGUGCAACCAUUUUGCAUUACUUUUGCUACCAAUAAGCUCUUCUUCUCUUGAAAUGGCUUCAAAGUAGUUUUCAUCUCUAAACUUAUCUCAAGAGAAAAUAAGAUUUCAACUGCUAAAUCAUGAAACUAAGCAUUGAUCUUGAAGUGGAAGCUUAUGCAGAAUAUGAAUCUGAUAUCACAAGCCAAGUUGCUUCCAAUCUAUCAACUCAAGAAGCCUCUUCCAACAUCACAAACCCUAACUACGAUGAUAUCUCUCUCGAGUUAUCUCUCAAUUUCAAGAACAACGAGGCACCGACAGCAAGAGAUUCAAAUUCAAUAGGGUUCUCACUCUCAAGCACUUCUGAGAGCAGCAAUGAGCCUGCAUCCGCAACAGUUCCAAGAGUUUUCUCUUGCAAUUACUGUCAGAGAAAGUUUUUCAGCUCACAAGCUCUUGGUGGACACCAAAAUGCACACAAAAGAGAAAGAACAUUGGCCAAAAGAGCUAUGAGAAUGGGAGUUUUUUCUGAUAGGUAUAAUGCUAGUUUAGCAUCUCUACCUUUGCAUGGUUCUUUUAGAUCAUUAGGGAUAAAAACACACUCUUCAAUGCAUUAUGGUUUCUCAGUACCAACAACAAUUAGGCCUCAUCAUCAACAAGGGUGUGUUCGAUUUCCGAUAUUCUUGGAACAUGAGGAGUCGGAGUUGUUGUGGCCUGGUAGUUUUCGAAAGGCGUCGGAGGAGGGUGAUGGACAAGAGAAUUUCAUAAUCACUGAGGUGAAUCCAUCUGUGGACAUAGAAAAAUCUACACCAGAUUUGACAUUGAAACUUUGAAGGUUGUUAUUUUGGAAAACUUGGAUUUGGGUUUAGUUUUAUGUAUAGUGUAAGACAUGUAUGAAAAUUUGUUAUGAUUGCUAGAUUGGUUACUACUGCUACACUUUGUUGGUUUUUAUUUUUACUUUCAUCUUUAGUUUUGUAUUAGGAGUUUUUGCUUUGGUGUAUUGUUAUGUGUGUUUCUCAUUGUAUAAUAGCCCUAUGAGAACAAUAUAGAAACUUCUUUUAUUU